AUGGCGCUAAUAAAUGCUUAUCGAAGACGCAUAAAGCGAGUAAAUUCGCAGCCAUUAAACGAGCAUAAAACUCUGCGGGGCCGAAACGAAAUUGUGGGGCCGACACAAAUCAAAGUACAAGCCUCAGAGCCUCAGGUCCAUUUUCCGUUCCCCCUAUUUCCUUGCAAUGAAAUAAAACCAGGCAACAAUGAAACCCAAAGCGGCUCCCAAACGAUUUCGGACCAAGGAAUUGGCCACCCACAAACUGGAAACCCAAACCCCUAG